GCAUGUUGUUAAGUCGUACGAGUUGACGACUGUACUACGAGACCAAGCUCAUUCACUAAAGGCUAAUAUCGGACCUAGACCGGCUAAGCUUGUUUAUAUCAAAGGAAAGGAUGAAGCAGAGAACAUUUCUUCACAGAAACAAGUAGAUUUUGAUUUUUAAUUUUCAUACUUAAUAGACGCCAAUUUACUUAAUAACCAAUUUCCGAUCAUCCAGCUGAAAAAGUAAACCUGAGCUUCUUCUUCUUUAUUGACUCAACAACCGUUGUCGUUAAAGGCCUGCCUGUACCCCACUUGUGGGGUUGGCUUUCAGUGACGUAUGGAUUACCCUCCAUAACUGGAUAGUCAGUCCUGCGUACGGUCCAUUGAGGGCUUUAACCCAUGACGGGCCUGUUGUUAAGUCGUAUAAGCUUAAUAAAUUAAAAUUAUGGUUUAUUAAGUUAACUUUUCCGCUUCGUUUAAAUCAUAUUCGGUCUGUUAAAGUCUCGAAGUGAUUGUCACGUGUCGCAACACACGUGUAGAUCCGAUCCUAUAUGGAUUGUCCUAAAUUGCUUACCUGCAAUAAGAUAAAUUCAUAUUGAAACAACUAUUCCGGUGCCAUGCGCAUUUACUAUUCAAUUUGAACAACAAGACACAGUUUAUUUCAGCGAAUACAAACGAGCCGAAUCCACAAAAGCACGCACAUUCGCGUUUAACUACGCCUGCGUUUUGUCACCCAAGCGACUGUUGGUGCACUGCUAGCUCCUGACCAACUCGUAACGCAAUGUCACAACAUUGCACGCACACUACCUUCGUUCCAAAUCAAAACAAACCUCUCCGCUACACAGAUUUGUUUGCGUGUCAAACUCAAGCAUACACACUUUUUCCAGCGCGCACGUACGCAGCAACAUUAAAGCAAUAGAGAGAAGAAAAAAACCCCACACUCACAGCUAUUUACUAAAACCGAAGGAUUGUUGCCAGAUUUUUGUGCUGGCACCGGUCGCUGCUAUUCGACAGCAGUCUUUGCGUCUGUACCUGCGAACAAGUGUACUGAGAUGCGAUUUAUCUGUGCUGUGCAUCGGUGCUUGGCUGGCAGCGUACCGCGAAGAGUGUGAGGUUGGCGCCGUAGGUAGUCGUGCAUCUAGAUCGAUGGCAGAUAUCGCUAGCCACCAGCAAAAGAUGGUGCCGUAACUUUGCAUCAUAAAUCGCUAAACGCUCGCAGUUCGUCGUGUAUCGUAGUAAACAAUACUCCCUUCCCGUAUCAAUACUCCACUCGGAAGCGCUCGCAUAUGUCGUGGUAGUAGUACCUGCUGUUUAGUUACCUAGUCCUUUAAUUGUAUCCUGCCAAGUGUGUCUGUGCGCGUGUGCGUGCGUAUUCAAUACUUUAAGCUAGCAAACGCGAAAUCAUGGCAGCGCUUCCACCACGCAAAAAUCCAACGCCUACCAAAAUAUCCAAGCAACACCUGACACCGCUGCAAAUACUGCUCCAGAUGGGCUUUCCCAAGCAUAGAGCUGAAAAGGCACUAGCGGCCACCGGCAACCGGGGCGUCCAGCUGGCCUCCGAUUGGCUGCUGGCGCACGUGAACGACCCCUUCCUGGACGAAUGCGCUCCGCGCGAAUACAUCCUGUACGCCUGCCCGACCGGUCCCUUUCUGCAGCAGCUGGAAAACUUCUGGGCCCAGUCGAGGGAGGCGUGCGGCUGGAACGGGGCCCACAACUUUACGCCCCACAUUACGCUGGUGUCGUUCUUCAAAGCGCCGGACGAGUGCGCCCCCCAGCUGUCGAAGGCGCUGAAAGACCUGAUGAACCUGCCCGGCGCCCGGAUCGAUCGGCCGAUCGGGCUGGAGCUGUACACGAGCCCCAACUUUAUGGGCUUUUUCGUCGCGGAAGACGACGCCAACUAUCUGAAGCGGCUGGCCCUGCAAUACGUAAAGGAGGUGUCCCACUCAAUAAUUAGUGACACCUAUGAGCAGCUAGACGCACUGGUAACGUGUUUUCCGUGGUGCGGAGGAGUUACCUCGGCCCGAUGCAUACCGCGUAGCAGUCGAUUGCUACUUUACAUACCUUAUUACUGCUCUUAUUGCCAUUCCCUUGCAUGCGAAACCGUAGACACCAUUUCGCUGGAACCGCACGUCAAGUCGCUGCAUCUGACGCUGGCUUACCAGUUCCCGCCGGGUCAGUUUAAUGCGCUGAAAGCGUUGGUGGAAAAUUUGGACGCUUCCUGCACGGACGCCAACUGGGAGCUGCGGCUGUACUCGCGCGACCCCCGGCUCGUCUCGAAGCAGGUGCACAAGGUGCUGUAUCCGCACACGCCGCGCGAAACGGACGAGCUGGAGCUCCGGAUCGGUGAUCACAUCUAUCUCAACCCGGAAGCAAUACAAGCGUCCACCGACGGCUGGGUCGAGGGGAUCUCGUGGCUAACCGGCACCACCGGCUACCUGCCCGAAAACUACACCGAGCGGACGGCGGAAUCGGAUGCGUGGACGAUGCACCGUACGGUGCCGCUGUGUGACGCACGGACAGUGCCGGCCGACGAAACACUGUCCGACACGGUUGAUGGAGUACUGCCCGCCAGCGGAUCGCCCAGCCUGGCACCGGAAGCGAACGAUGCGGUAUCUGUAGGUCAGAGCGAAUCGCAACCGGACGGUGCACCGCAAACGACGGACCGAGCAGCACCUGCACCAGAUCAGCAACAAACAGCAACGAGCGGCGGCGGCGGCGAGCAGCAGAACGGUGGCAAAAUGUUCGGUGGCAAUAAAACGAUGGACGACAUUCCGCUGGAAAAGUUGCACGAGCUGGUGAAAAAGCGUACCAACAUGCAGGUGAUCCCGGGAGAUCAGUGCGCCUCACAGUCGCAGUCCGUACCGCGGACGGAAUCGGGCACGCGCAAGGUGUACGUCAUGCGACACGGCGAGCGGAUCGAUUUUACCUUCGGCUCGUGGGUACCGUACUGCUUCGAUGAGGCCGGCAACUACGUCCGCAAAGAUCUGAACAUGCCCACAUCGUUGCCCACACGUAAACCCAGCCUCUGGCAGAAGGACUCACCACUGACGAACGUGGGCCGCUAUCAGGCACGGCUCGUGGGCGAAGGGCUGAAGGAUGCGGGGGUACAAAUUGCGCGCGCGUACUGCUCGCCCUCGUUCCGCUGCAUCCAGACGGCCACUUCAGUGCUGGAGGGGCUCGGAUUAAAGGCAACCGUGCCGAUCUGCAUUGAGCCCGGCCUGUUCGAGUGGCUCGCCUGGUACCAGGACGGGCUGCCCGAGUGGCUUACGCCGGACGAGCUGCUUGCGGCCGACUACAACAUCGACACGGCCUACAAACCGCUCUCUUCGCCGGGCCUGCUGCGGGAAAAUUUUCACGAAAAGUUGAACGAGUUUUACUGCCGCAAUUCGAACGCCGCGGAAGAAAUCAUCAAAAGCACGGAAGGAAACGUGCUGAUUGUGGGCCAUGCCACAACGCUCGAUACGUGCACCCGGUUCAUCAUUGGCGAGAAGCUUCGCUCCACCAACGAUAUGGCUCGAAUAAUGCAGAAAGUGUCCUACUGCAGCCUGGCGGUAAUGGAGUCGGAUGGCACGACGCCGUCCGGUGACAGUGAGCAGGCGGAAAGUACAGUCAAGGGACACUGGAAGCUGGCGGUGCCACCGUGCGAUCCUGUGACGCACACCAACAACAACCGGUUUGACUACAAGAUACUAUUAGAGUAGGCGUAGAAUCGCGCAACCAUGAGGCGGAUUAGUUAUUGGGGUCAUUGGGUACAUCAUUGGGACCCUCGUUUCAACCGUACCAGUGCAUUACCAGGGCACUGGCCACAAUGGAGAAAGUGUUACUACUCUACGUUAUGCCUGUUAUUUAAAUACACACAUACACACUAGACUAAAACAAACCUAUAUAUAUUAUUAAAAUCAAAUAAUUGUCAGGUGACGCGGUCGAACGGAGGAACAUGUUUAGUUCUACGCCAAUGUAGCGCAUGCGUUUGUUGCUUUUUAUAUUAUCACCGGAUGCGUAUUACGCCCAAAGCUUCAUAUAUUUCAUGCCCAAAAGGGCAAAGGAACACCCAACUUUUUCGCUUUAAUAGUUAGCGCUUGGUUCUCCGCCUGCCGGUGAAGAGUAGGUUCUUCAUGCUUUCGAAAUGACAAUAAUACAGAAACCAGAGUAUGAUCUCAAUUGCUCACAAUACAGCAAGCAUAAGCAAAUCAAGCAUAUAUAUAUUCCAAUUGGAAAACUGCGCUUUCAACAAGCUUUCGAACCGUUGCGCACUGCCUUUGCGUAAAGGCUUCAUUUGCGUGAAAGGCAGCUUAACCAUGACGCGUACCACUGCUCUCAUCGCUUUUACAUGCGUUGCACUGAUUGGGGAUGGUUUUAUUUAAACGAUUAGCGUGUGUUAGCGUUUCUUUAAGUAAAACAAAACUGUGGCUACCGUACAAUAACUUAUUGAAAUAAAAUAUUAUAUGUUGUGUCAAGCCAAAAAAAAAUAACAAUAUACACACAAACACACACCCGAGCUGUCGUAGAAUGAUGUACAUGUAAUAAACCAUACUUUUCUUUUAACCGA